AUGACGCGGCCUCCUCCCUUGGCCGGCAUACGUGUCGUGGAGCUCGCCGGCCUGGCGCCAGGCCCUUUCUGCGGUCUUGUCCUCGCCGAUUACGGCGCAUCCGUCCUCCGCAUCGAUGGGCCUCGCUCCCCGAAAGGCGACGUCUUAGCCAGACACAAGUCAUCCCUAUGUCUCGACUUGAAGCACCCUCCGUCCCGAGAUGUCCUGCUCGAGCUGCUGGCCCGCGCCGACGUGCUCAUCGACCCCUUUCGCCCCGGCGUCCUCGAAAGACUGGGCCUAUCGCCCCACGAGGUCCUCCUCAAAAGGAACCCCCGACUCGUAGUGGCCCGCCUCACGGGGUUCCGCCGAGACGGCAAGUAUCGCGACAUGGCAGGCCACGACAUCAACUACCUCGCCGUAUCCGGCGUGCUCUCCAUGCUGGGCCGCCCCGCCGACACCCCGCUCCCACCCGCCAACCUGCUGGGCGACUUCGCCGGCGGGGGCGCCAUGUGCGUGCUGGGCAUCCUCAUGGCGCUGGUUGCGCGCCAGGCAGCAGCAGCGGGGGGCGCGGGCCAGGUGGUGGAGGCCAACAUGGUGGAUGGAUCAGCUUACCUGGCGACGAUGCCGCGGCUGGCGACGAAGACGGCCUUCUGGAACGCCGCGCGCGGGGAGAACGUUCUGGAUGGAGGGUGUCCCUGGUACGACACGUACAGGACCAAGCAGUCGCAGUCCGUCGAGUCGGGCGUGGACGAAUACGUCGCUGUCGGGGCGCUGGAGCCUCGUUUCUAUGACGCGCUGUUGCGGGGGCUGGGUCUCGAUCCGGCGACCUUGCCACCCAGGGAGGACAAGACGCAGUGGCCCGCGCUACGAUCCGUGUUGCGGGCCAAGUUUGCGGAGAAGACGCGGAAGGAAUGGGAGGGUGUGUUCGAUGGCCUGGAUGCAUGCGUAACGCCGGUACUGGGCCAAGCUGAACUGGAGCGGGAGGGGUUCCUGCAGCGUCUCCCCGUUCACAUGUCUCACACGCCCGGGAAGGCGAUCCCACAUGGCCAGGGCGAUUGGACAGGAGGCACUCUGGCGCAUGGCUUCGGAGGGGAGGAGGUGUUGUCUGAGUGGACCGGGUGGGCGGAGGGAGUCGACUACACCAAGACGGCAAGUGGAAUUGCCGUUCGGAUGAGGGCUAAGCUGUAG